UGAGGUCUGACCUCUGAAAAACUGGUUAUUUGCAGGACUGAUUGGGGUUUAAUUUAUUUUUUUUUUUAAUUUCGCAUUUAGCGAUACCAUCAAAUUUCAGACACAACUCCCCAAAAAACGAGUGGGUACUUACUUAGGCAAGUGCAGUAGGAAGGUACCAGCAUAAAACCAGCUCAGAUUUCAGUAACUGAAUAGACAUCAUGUCUCGAGCACGGCAGCCCCCACUUGUAACUGGCAUCUCUCCCAAUGAAGGCAUCUCAUGGACAAAAGUGACAAUAAGAGGAGAAAAUUUGGGGACUGGGCCUACAGACCUCAUAGGUUUAACAAUCUGUGGACACAACUGUCUGCUAACUGCUGAAUGGAUGUCUGCCAGUAAAAUUGUGUGUCGAGUUGGACAGGCUAAAAAUGACAAGGGAGACAUUAUUGUUACUACAAAGUCUGGUGGCAAAGGAACUUCAACUGUUUCCUUCAAACUGCUUAAACCUGAGAAAAUAGGUAUCUUGGAUCAGUCUGCUGUCUGGGUGGAUGAAAUGAACUAUUAUGACAUGCGCACUGACAGGAACAAAGGGAUUCCCCCCUUGUCCCUACGUCCAGCUAAUCCUCUUGGUAUUGAGAUAGACAAGGGCAGAUUUCCUCAAAAAGAUUUGGAGUCACUCUUUCCUGGGAUGAGCGCUGAUUUCACAAGUGAAAACUUUUCUGCUGCCUGGUACCUGAUUGAGAAUCACUCAACAACAAGUUUUGAUCAGCUCAAAACGGCUGUUGUGAAUUUGAAGAAACAAGCCAAUAAGAAGAAUGAGGGGAGUCUAGCUUAUGUGAAAGGAGGUCUCAGCACAUUUUUUGAAGCACAAGAUGCACUGUCAGCAAUCCAUCAAAAACUGGAAGCAGAUGGAACGGAAAAAGUAGAAGGAUCCAUGACGCAAAAACUGGAGAAUGUACUGAACAGAGCCAGUAACACAGCAGAUACCUUAUUUCAAGAAGUGCUGGGUCGCAAGGACAAAGCUGAUUCAACGAGAAACGCACUUAAUGUUCUUCAGCGUUUUAAAUUUCUUUUCAAUCUUCCCUUAAAUAUUGAAAGAAAUAUCCAGAAGGGCGAUUAUGAUGUGGUUAUUAAUGACUAUGAAAAAGCCAAGUCCCUCUUUGGAAAGACAGAGGUUCAAGUAUUCAAAAAAUAUUAUGCAGAAGUUGAAACCAGAAUUGAAGCUUUACGAGAACUUUUGUUGGAUAAGCUGCUUGAAACUCCAUCAACAUUACAUGAUCAGAAACGUUAUAUAAGAUAUCUUUCUGAUCUUCAUGCGCCUGGGGACCCGGCUUGGCAGUGCAUUGGUGCUCAACAUCAGUGGAUUCUGCAGCUCAUGCACAACUGUAAGGAGAGCUAUGUUAAAGAACAAAAAGGCAAUUCAUUGCUCCACAGCCCCAUGUUAGACCUGGAAAGUGAUGCGCGUCCACCACCGAUUGGCCAUCUCAGUCAAACUGCUUCACUGAAAAGGGGCAGCAGCUUUCAGUCUGGCCGUGAUGAUGCUUGGCGAUACAAAGCUCCUCAGCAAGUUAUAUUUGUUGAGAAGUUGACAAAACUCGUUGUAAGUCAACUGCCCAACUUCUGGAAGCUCUGGAUUUCGUACGUGAAUGGAAGUUUAUUCAGUGAGACUGCUGAAAAAUCUGGCCAAAUGGAAAGAUCAAAGAAAAACGCUAGGCAAAGACAAAAUGAUUUCAAGAAAAUGAUUCAGGAAGUGAUGCAUUCUCUGGUAAAACUUAUCCGUGGAGCCUUGCUUCCAUUCAGCCUCAGAGAAGGAGAAUUAAGACAGUAUGGUGGCUGGGAGAUGAAAUCUGAACUUUCUGGCCAGUGGCUAACGCAUGUCAUCCAAACUGUAAGGCUUAGUUCUGAGAGUCUUACUGCACUCGAGAUACCCAAUGAUAUGCUUCAGAUCAUCCAAGAUCUUAUUUUGGACCUUCGUGUACGUUGCAUUAUAGUGACCUUACAACACACAGCGGAAGAUAUAAAGAGAUUAGCUGAAAAGGAAGACUGGGUUGUUGACAAUGAAGGUUUGACAUCGUUGCCAUCCCAGUUUGAACAGUGCAUUAUUCAUUCCUUGCAAUCUCUUAAAACUGUGCUGGACUGCAAACCUGGAGAGGCCAGUGUUUUCCAGCAGCAGAAGACACAGGAGGAUGUGUGCCAGCUAAGCAUUGGGAUCAUGCAGGUCUUUAUAGACUGUUUGGAACAACUGAGCACCAAACCUGAUGGUGACAUAGAUACAUCACAUCUUUCAGUUGAUGUUUCAUCUCCAGAUUUGUUUGGAAGCAUUCAUGAAGACUCAAGUCUUUCUUCAGAACAGAGACUUUUAAUUGCACUCAGUAACUGCCGUUACCUGGAACGUCAUACCUUCCUAAAUAUAGCUGAACAUUUUGAGAAACAUGGCUUUCAAGGUGUUGAUAAAAUAACUCAAGUUAGUAUGGAGUCCUUGAAAGAGCUGGAUCAAAGACUGUUUGAAAUGUACAUUGAAUUCAAGGCAGAUCCAAUAGUAGGGUCAUUAGAACCUGGCAUUUAUGCAGGAUAUUUUGAUUGGAAAGAUUGUCUUGUUCCAACAGGUGUCAGAAACUAUUUGAAAGAAGCAUUAGUGAAUAUCAUUGCUGUGCAUGCAGAGGUGUUUACCAUUUCCAAAGACUUAGUUCCUCGAGUAAUGUCAAGGGUUGUAGAAGCAGUCUCUGAGGAACUGAGCCGACUGAUGCAGUGUGUUUCAUCCUUCAGCAAAAAUGGAGCUUUACAGGCGAAACUUGAAAUCUGUGCAUUGAGAGAUACCGUGGCCAUAUACCUAACACCUGAAAGCAAAUCGAGCUUUAAGCAAGCUUUGGAAGCCUUGCCUCAGCUCUCAAGUGGGACUGACAGAAAAUUACUAGAAGAGUUACUAAACAAGUUCAAAAGCAGCAUGCACUUGCAGCUGACCUGUUUUCAAGCUUCAUCAUCAGCCAUGAUGAAAACAUAGACAACACAAUGCAGACAAAUGUGCUUAAACGUCACUCAUUUUUUUUCUGCACUACUUCAAUUCCUUUGAAGACUCCGAAGAAAACAAAACCAGUUUCACUGAAAAAUCAACUGAGAUACAACUCUUUCAGUAAUGGUAUGGGGUGUCCUGCUGAGUGAAACUUUUGUUUGUUUGUACUUCAAUUAAAUGGUUUUCUGUCUACUGUAUUUCAUUCUGUAGAGGGAAUUAAGUUGGUUUUGUUUACAUAUAUUUGUUCAUGAAGAAAUAUUCAUUGGUGUUCUGCAGUCUCAGUUUCAUUUGUUAAAAAUACCUUGAAAUGUAUUUUUAGCAAAUGCCACCUUAAAUUUGAGUAUUACUCAUGUUGUUCAGUGUAUCAGUCUGUUAAUUUCUAGAUGUAGACUAAUACUGAAGUGACUGGAAUGCUCAACUUCUAUCAAGUGUUGAGAAGUAUUUAAUAAGCGUUGCCCCAUAGAGCUGACUAAUAACUGUCCAGAUACCUUAUUAAGUACACUGCUUCUUUUGCAUUUAAAAGGGUUUGCUUUUUUUUUUUCUGUUAUCAUCUAUGGUUUUAGUGUUUGUAAGUCUGAUUUCUUGGGGGACUUUUAUUUUGUUGCUUCUUUGUUAGUUAAACAUGUCACUGCCUCUCAUGUUUGUUUCUCCCUUCUACUGAAAUAUUGAUGAUAACCUUCACAUUUGAAGUAAGCUCAACUUUCCUUGGCAAUUUCCUUGGCGCUCUGAGUCUAUAGGAUUAGUAGAAAAAAUGUUCAAGUAAAAUAUUCUUUGGUAUUAAGGAGUAGAAUAGUUAAUAGCCUUUCACAUAGUAAGGAGGAUCAUAACAUGUCAUUUGUCUUGUUUCUUCCUUCUUACUCUUCUUGUUUUUUCUUGUUCUUACAGGCUUACUACUACUCUCUCCUGUUAGUCAUUCCUCUUUUCUUCUUUUACCACCAGUUACCAAAUUUGUAUGGAGGAAAAUAGGGAUUCAGGAGAAAAGAAUUUUUUGCCAUUGUUUUGGGGGGUAACAAGUAGGCUUAAUUUUAUAACUGAAAUCAUGGCUUGGAAGUAAAUAAUGCAGUAAUAAUAUAUUCUUUCAGUAUUUACAGUCAUUUUGAGUAAGAUGUUUCAGAAACAGUGCAUAGUUUUCAAACGAUUUUUUAAUGUCAGCUGUUUUCUUUUGUCAGUUCAAUUGUUGCCACUUCAAUUACAUGCUUUAGAAAUACAGCAUACAGUUCCUGUAAUAUGAGACAUUGGAGAAAGUUUGAUGUACAGUAGUUACUCCUUAAAAAACCUGUGUAAGAGCAUGUUGAAUGGGAGUUAGAAACUUCAUUUUAUGUCAUUAUCAUUUAGCAUCUGGAGCAAUGUUGUUUUGUUAAAUGUUGUCCAUUCUAAGCUGGUUAUAGUCUCAGUUGCUGGUAUUAACUGAAAUAGUCAUCGAGUUAGCUCAUUCUGUAAAAGAUUUCACUUCAGAAUAAUAAAAUAUUAAGAAAUACGGUCAUAAGCUCUUCUUUAAUUCCUCACUUACCAAGACAGGUGAUGUCUUUGAAAUUUGCCAGUCUACAAUUUCUGCAUUCAUAUCAGACAUUCUAAAUAUUGAAAACAUAUUCUGUCAUCUGUACUGAACUAACAUAUAUUCAGGCAUCUCUUCAUUGUAAUAUCAUUCUCUUACUCAUCUUUUAUGACAACAGCUUGUUCUUGUCUUUAAAACCUGAAAUCAAACUUUUGUUCCAUUGCCUCUCUGAAGUAACUUAUUCUUCAGAACAUCUCGCUGACAGCAAACAAGAAUAAUGUGUAAGCGAUCAAAAUAUUCCUUGAAUUCCACCUGAUAUGAAAUGAAUGUUCACAGUCAAGUCAGAGCACCGUAUUUCUAUAAAUUCACUUGGUGGAUUAAGGAAUUCAAUGAGCAUCAUGCUGCAACAGGAUGGAUUGCAAUCCCUUUGUGUGGAAGGAGAGUUGGGACUGCUGAGACUUAGUAACCAGCAGGCUGCAGUUCCUCUGAAAAGAAGAUUACAAAAAUCAAGAAGUGGUCAGUGUGGGUUUUGCAAAAAAAAAAAAAAAAAAAAA